AUGGGUAAAACUGGUAAAGGUAAAGGAGGUAAAAAUAGAAGAAGAGGAAAGAACGAUAACAGUGGCCAAAAGAGAGAAUUAAUUCUCGUGGAAGAAGGUCAAGCAUACGGUCAAAUUACCAAGAUGUUAGGUAACGGUAGAAUCGAAGUCAGUUGUUUUGAUGGAAACAAAAGAAUGGGACACAUCAGAGGUAAAUUAAGAAAGAAGGUCUGGAUGGGUCAAGGUGAUAUCAUUUUGGUUUCUUUAAGAGAUUUCCAAGAUGACCAAUGUGAUGUUGUUCACAAAUAUAACUCCGAUGAAGCCAGAACUUUAAAAAAUAUGGGUGAAUUGCCAGAAACUGCCAAGAUUAAUGAAACUGAUACUUUCGGUGGUGAUGAAGAUGAAGAUGUUAACUUCGAAUUCGGUGCUGAAGACGAUGAAGACGAAGAAGAUGAUGAAUUAGAUAUUGAUGAUAUCUAG